UUUGCGGGUUUUUCGUUUAUCUUUGACUUACGCAGUAUGUGAUGUUUCCGGUUCUCAACCUUUUCUAGCGUUACAAGCCACGCAAUAUAGGCAAGACGGCAAACAUGCAGCUUAUUAUUCGUGGUCAGGAAACUCAUAUUAUCGAGUGUCAAAAUGAUGACACUAUUGCGAUUAUUAAGUCAAAACUUUCAGAAUUUCAAGAUGUCGAAUUCCAUUUAUUUUGUGCCGGUGUGCCAUUGACCGAUGGAGUUCUUGUCAGCGAACUGCCAACGCAGACCAUCGACUUAUCAGUCCCACUUUUGGGAGGUAAGGUCCAUGGAUCCUUGGCACGUGCUGGUAAAGUCAAAGGACAAACACCCAAGGUUGACAAGCAAGAGAAGAACAAGAAGAAGACUGGACGUGCCAAGAGGCGAAUCCAGUAUAAUCGUAGAUUCGUCAAUGUCGUGCAAACAUACGGUCGUCGACGUGGUCCGAAUGCUAAUCCUAACCCAUAAGCUUUUGUUGUCUUUUUUACGUAUUUGUAAAACCAUGUAAUAUAUAACUUUUGCUGAUAAUACAAAUUACAUUUCACAGCAGUUGUGCAACUUACUUUCUCAACGUAGACUCUAAAUUGUUAUUGCUAUGUUAAUUAAGGAAUGUUUUAACAUCAAGGAUAAGAGAAAUAAAGAAUUAAUUCGAACAAAA